AUGACCCAAUUAGUUUGGCUCAUCACAGGCUGCUCCUCAGGCCUCGGCCUAGAACUGUCCCGCGAAGUCCUGAAAAGGGGUCACCUCGUAAUCGCCUCCUCGCGUUCCCCAGAAAAGACGGCCCAUCUCAUCGAGGAGAUCCAGCAAGCAGGCGGCCACUGGAUUGCCCUAGACGUCACAAAUGACAACGUAGACAGCGCAGCGCGAAUCCACGGACGGAUCGACGUACUCGUGAACAAUGCCGGUUACGGCAUCGCCGGCGGCUUCGAGGACCUCAGCCUGAGCGACUUCCAAACCCUCUUCGACACAAACCUCUUCGGUACAAUCCGCGCAACCCAAGCCGUCCUCCCGCACAUGCGCGCCGCCCACUCGGGGACGAUCAUCAACAUCUCCUCCACGGGCGGCCUCCGCGGCCUCGCCGCCGUAUCCGCCUACUCAUCCUCCAAGUUCGCCGUCGAGGGCCUCUCGGAAUCUUUGGCGGCCGAGUACGCCGACUUUGGCAUCCGCGUUAUACUCGUCGAACCGGGCCCGUUUCGGACCUUAUUCCGGGACCAGCCCGGCUUCCCGGCUUCUCGCCUACCACGGGGCGGAUGA